AUGUUCACCUGCUUUUCAUGCCUUCUCAUGGUGUGGCACACCAUUGUCCUGCUGCUGAUGUUCUGCUACGACUACGAUUCGAAGCAGGCAUUUGCCGUGCGAUUCCUCAUGGUCUCGUCUGGCAUCUUUGUUGUGGCAAAUUGGGCCUUCUGGCGAGACUUCGUGCGGAACUAUCGCGAUUCUCAGGAUGAGGAGAGGCUAGAUUUUGUGGGUCUGUACAAGCUCCAGCUCUUAUGCAAGAUGUACAAAUCCAAGGUCAUCACUUCGCACAAGGUAGCUGAUUUGCGUGCUGCAUCUGGCAGUGUACAGUUUGCCUUGAGGCCAGGGCUGCAGCAUGUCGAUUUUGAUGACUCUGAGGUCGUCGCGAAGCUCCCAUGUGGCCAUUGCUUCCACACGGCUUGCAUAAACAAGUGGGUCAUCGAGGACUGGCGAUGUCCGUUUCGGUGCUCUCUGGAAGUGCCAAGGCAGGACUCGAAGCGCCCGCCAGAGGCCUGGCUGGCGAGAGCUGCCGAGGCCGCUCGCACUGGCGAUCUCUCUUGA